CCAAUAGCGAGCGGAAUCCCCUCUCCUGACGUAUCUCACCGACCAAUCAGAACCCCCCUAGUGGGCGGGAUCCACUGUGGGGCCUGGCUAAUCAAGCUAGGUUGCAACGAAAGCCUUUUACUGAACUGGUGUGUGAACUGAUCUGCUGCCUGGCUGAGGACACAUCAGGACGGAUACCAUAUCCUACCACACCUCUUCUACUCCCAAGCAGCCUCCUCGACUUGUUGGAUACUAAACUCGGGGAAACUAUUUGGAAGUGAAUUUAUUCUUUACCUUUUAAUGGAUUUUGAAAAGACCUAACCUUGGAUGGUUUGCUGUACUUGUUAAAAGCUUGCUGCUGCUGCUGGAGGAGUUUGACAACUUUUUCUGGAGGUCGCAUUAAGUCUUUCUGGAGGGGAACUAACUUAAAACAAAAAAAGGCAAAAUGGAUCAAGCAAGCGGUGGGGAGGACCCGAAUAAACCCUCUAAAAAGAAGUCCAACGAGGACGAGGGUAAAAACAAAAAGCUGAACAUACACAUAAAAACAUUGGCUGAUGAUAUGCGGGAUCGUAUUACCAGUUUCAGGAAAACAGGGAUGAAGAAGGAGAAGGAGAAGCCCCUUAUACAGCACCCAACAGAUCCCCUCUCUUUUCAGCUGGAACUACCUGUUCCUCAGCCCCUCUUCGACGACCGCUCCAUGAACCUCUCGGAAAAGGAGAUCAUUGACCUCUUUGAGAAGAUGAUGGAGGACAUGAACCUGAAUGAGGAACGCAAAGCCCCUCUGCGUGGAAAGGACUUAAGCACUAAACGCGAGAUGGUGGUCCAGUACAUCUCAGCCACUGCCAAAUCUAUAACUGGGAGCAAAGUUCCGGGCGGACUAAGGAACAGCAAGCAUGAGUGCACACUUUCAUCCCAAGAAUAUGUUCACGAGCUGCGGUCUGGCAUCGCAGAAGAAAAGCUGCUCAACUGCCUGGAGUCCCUCAGAGUGUCUCUCACUAGUAACCCUGUCAGUUGGGUGAAUAACUUCGGUCAUGAGGGUCUGGGCCUUCUUCUGGAGGCUUUGGAGAAGCUAUUGGACAAGAAACAGCAAGAGAAUAUUGAUAAACGGAACCAGCAUAAACUUAUCCAAUGCUUGAAGGCUUUCAUGAACAAUAAGUAUGGGCUGCAAAGGAUCUUGGGAGAUGAGCGGAGCCUGUUGCUGCUGGCGCGAGCGAUUGACCCCAAACAGACCAGCAUGAUGACCGAGACUGUCAAAAUUCUAUCAGCUUUCUGUAUUAUUGGAGAGGAGAACAUCCUGGAUAAGAUUCUAGCUGCCAUGACAAUUGCUGCAGAGAGGAACAAUAAAGAGAGAUUUGCCCCAAUUGUGGAAGGACUGGAGAACCACGAAGCCCAGCAGCUGCAGGUUGCUUGCAUGCAGUUGAUCAAUGCGCUGGUCACCUCCCCCGAUGACCUGGACUUCCGGAUACAUCUACGCAACGAGUUCUUAAGAUGUGGCCUCAAGAAGAUCCUACCUGAGCUAAAAGAGACGGAGGAGCUAGACAUCCAGCUGAAGGUGUUCAAUGAGAACAAGGAGGAGGACUCUAUCGAACUCUCCCAUCGCCUGGAUGACAUCCGCGCUGAGAUGGAUGAUAUGAAUGAAGUGUACCAUCUCCUGUCCAACAUGGUGAAAGACACCGGCUCAGAGGCCUACUUCCUGUCAAUCCUUCAGCACCUUCUGCUCAUCAGGAACGACUAUUACAUCAGGCCUCAGUAUUACAAGGUGAUAGAAGAAUGCGUGUCUCAAGUGGUCCUGCAUCGCAACGGGAUGGACCCGGACUUUGGCUACAGUAAAAGAUUGGACGUGGACUUCACCCAUCUGAUUGAUCAGUGUGUGGAUAAAGCCAAAGUUGAAGAGAGUGAGCAGAAGGCUGCCGAGUACUCCAAAAAGUUUGAUGAGGAGUUCGGCGCACGGCAGGAGGCCCAGGCCGAGUCUCAAAAGAAGGAGGAGAGAAUCAAAGAGCUGGAGGGGAAGAUCCAGGCUCUGGAGUCCCAGUUAACUAUUGAAAAAGACAACCUCAAAGAGGCUCAGAGACUCAUCAGGGAAUCUGAAGCCAAGAUUGCAGCCGGUCCAACUGCGCCUGGAGUACCACCUCCACCACCCCUACCAGGGGGUGCAACAGCGCCUCCUCCUCCUCCACCACCUCCUCCACCACCUCCACCUGGUGGCAUUCUUCCUCCACCUCCUCCUCUCCCUGGUCACGCCGGCAUUCCACCACCACCUCCACCGCCUCCUCCCCCCGGCGGAGGACCUCCGCCUCCUCCGCCACCCCCUGGGUGUGGGCCCCCUCCUCCUCCGCCUUUCUUCGGGGGCCCAGGUGGGCCUCCACCACCUCCGCCUGUCAUCAAGCUGCCUUAUGGACUGGAGCCCAAGAAGACGUACAAGCCUGACACCGUGAUGAAGAGGGUGAACUGGACAAAGAUAGUGCCUCAGGAAAUGGCAGAGAAUUGCUUCUGGAUCAAAGUCAAAGAAGAGAAGUUUGAGAAUCCUGACCUAUUUGCUCAGCUCUCCCUCUGCUUCUCCUCGCAGAGCAAAGUGAAAAAAGACAUGAAAGAUGAGCCUGAUGACAGAAUGCAACAAUUCAAGAAAAAGGCGAAAGAGCUUCGCAUCCUGGACUCCAAAACAGCACAGAAUCUUUCAAUUUUCUUGGGCUCGUUCCGCCUGCCUUAUGAAGAGAUCCGGGACAUUGUGCUGGAGGUAGACGAGGAAAGACUGAGCGAAUCACUCAUCCAGAACCUGAUAAAGAACCUGCCGGAGCAGAAAGAGCUGAAUUCGCUAGCGGAACUAAAGGGUGAAUAUGAAGAGCUGGUGGAGUCGGAGCAGUUUGGCAUUGUGAUGAGUUCAGUCAAACUCCUACGACCACGUCUCAACGGCAUUCUGUUCAAGCUGACGUUUGAGGAGCAGGUGAAUAACAUCCGGCCGGACAUCAUGAAUGUGACAUUUGCCUGUGAAGAGGUGAAGAAGAGCGAAAGCUUAAGCAGACUGCUGGAGUUGGUGUUGCUGGUUGGCAAUUACAUGAAUGCCGGCUCAAGGAACGCCCAGACGUUUGGAUUCAACGUCAACUUCCUCUGCAAGCUCCGAGACACAAAAUCCAUCAGUCAGAAUACAACACUUCUUCAUUUCCUUGCUGAGAAGUGUGAAGAGAGUCACCAAGAGAUUCUGAGGUUUCCAGAAGAACUGGAGCACGUGGAGGACGCCAGCAGAGUGUCUGCUGAGAUCUUAAAAAGCAGUUUGACCACCAUGGAGAAACACAUCCAGAGGCUCGAGAACGACAUCGAGAACUUCCCCAAGACAGACGACAAGCAAGAUAAGUUUGUGGAAAAGAUGUCGGGCUUCUCCAAGCAUGCACGGGAGCAGUAUGAGAAACUGUCCACGAUGCACAAGAACAUGCAGAAGCUCUACGAGAGCAUAGGCAGCUAUCUGGCCUUCGACCCCCACUCGGUCGGCGUGGAGGAUUUCUUCGGAGAACUGGCCAACUUCCGCGCGCUCUUCAUGGAAGCAGUGAAGGAGAACCACAAGAAGAGGGAGAUGGAGGAGAAGAUCAAGAGAGCCAAGCUGGCGAAGGAGAAAGCAGAGCGGGAGAAGCAGGAGCGCCAGCAGAAGAAGAAGCAGCUGAUUGACAUGAACAAAGAGGGAGAUGAAACCGGUGUGAUGGAUAGCCUAAUGGAAGCUCUACAGUCCGGAGCAGCCUUCCGGGAUCGACGAAAACGCACACCGCGCAACGGUGAUCAAAGCCCUUCCAGCCCAUCCUCUCGGUGGCCGGGUGCUAACUAUGGUAACAGAACCCUAGAUGUUGCCGCUGGGAGAAGCAGACAACCGCCGCGCAGUCCUGGAAAGGUCUCGCUCACGCCACAACGCAAAUCACCAAGCUCGAUGAUCGUCCACGCCUACCACAAGACGCUAGAUAAGUGCCAAAGAGGCCUGCGAGGUGGAGACCUGGAAGACAUCUGAAGGAGGGACAGACCACCACUCACUGUAGCACUCACACACACACACAGCACCAAGUAUGAAACAAAACUUAAAGCAUCAUCUACAGUGCAUCACACACAUGCAUCUAUUUUUCAUGCUGUUCCUCUGCUGCCUUACAUAUUUAUUCACAUCACUCUAAAAGUACAUGUCCUCUCGAGAUGGUUUUGAUUUAUAAAAAAAAAAAAAAAAAACAUUUUUAAGGCUGCUGCUGUUUUUAAAGAAAAGGUUUUCUUUGCUUGGAAAUGCAUUUUGAUUCUUGCAAGACUUCUACUAAUCCUUUUUGAAAUCAAAAUACUAUAGUUCACAUACAGAUUUGACAUGAAACAUGCAGUGUUUUGAAGAUAGACAUUCUACCAAGAAGGACUGCGCCGUAGCGUUCGCUUAUCGUCCUGGAAAACACACCACACACACAGUACAUUCAGCAAAGGGGGCAGCCGUCCUUUAAAGGGAAGACGGGGAUUUGACGCCCGCGUUGGUAAGCCGAAAACCUGCUGACGUGUUUCUUCAACAGGUCUCUGAACUCUUCACAGAAGAGGGAGUGGUUGCUUAAAAUGUUUUUUUCUGUCAAUCCCACCUUCAACUAACAUCGAGGGAAUAUUACUAGUAAAUGUACAAACAGUCCAUAUGAGUGAUUUCAUUUCAUUACGUAUCCGACAAAGCAACAAGAGCUGGCCCCUGUCUGCGCCGAUGUUUCACAGCAUGUGACUCAUGGAUCUCGAAACUGCAAUCUCCAUUUUGACAGGAUGCAUUUUAUUUUUAGCUGUGUAAUAUCUAACCGAUGCCUGCGGGUGCUGAUCUCUGUCCCAAGGUCGCUUUUGCUGUUAACGUGAGAGACUGACACAUUUCUAAAUGCAUAUAACUGCCGAGAGCAGCUAGCGCGACCCUUUGACCUUUCCUGCGGUCGUACAGGUUUUCAGUGGGGGUGGGUUGGUUGUACAAAUGUAUUACAGCGUUUUUAAUAUUAAUCUAUUUCGAUCUGUGUGGGGGGGUUUUUUUAUACGAAGGCUCUAAAAAGAAGUCAAGAAAUUCAAUCUGUCUGGAGAGCGAUGGUGGAAAGUUUGCUUCAGAUUUUCAAAUUCAUCCCGUUUUCAAAAAAUAAAUAGAUAAAUAAAAAAUGAUCUCUGUAGGAAAACCAAGUUAAUUUGUAAUUAAUAUAAACAGGGCUAAGCAGCUGAGAUUUCAAUGGGUAAAAUUUAUAUUGUAGAACAAAUGCAAAAAUGUUUUUAGGCUUAUAAUGAACCACAGGACGUAUUUUAUUCAUACUGAUGAAGCUUUCAGCGUCGAAACAAACACCUGCCGUUGGUGUUCCUGUACAAAAUAGUUGAAACUUAGCUGUAAGCUUUGUUCCUCUGUAAGGACCCGCUGUCACAGUUUCUUCACGUGAACUAUUUAUUCAUAUAUUCAUGCCGAGGGCGGCCGAGUCCCCUCACUGCCCUAAACUGUAAGCAGAUGCUACUAAAAACAACCAUUGAAUCCACAUGGAGAUCGGGCACGACCAGAAUAAUCGACUAAGGGGCACAGAAGACAAGAUGAUGCUUGUCUUGGCGAGUGAGUCUCCAAACGCCCUCCAAUUCCCCAGCUCUAAUAGCAUAAGUGACCCUUUUUACCAUAACACGAGUUACUUUAAUAAUACCAUAACUCGCUUUAGGCUUUGUGUGCAUGUUUGUGUUUGGGCGGGCGAGUGUGUGUGUGUGUGUGUGCAAGCUCAGUAAUCGGACGGGAACCCAGGCAAAAUAGGAUUCAGUGUGUUUGACUCCCGGGCUGAAUAGAUGGAGAUUUCUCAUUUAAACAGUCUGCCUUGUGAUGUGUCUGUUUCACGAUGCCUCCUCUCCCAGCCUGCAUGCUUCUAAAAAUGCAAUUUUACACAUCAUCUCGGCUCAAGGUGCAGCCACAAUGCUCCGAGAAGUCGGCAUAUUUAAGAAGACAAUAAUUCUCCUGCGAAUAUAAGGUUCGAGCAGUCGCACGGAGAGAGCAUAGCGAAUGAGGUUUCCGCAUAAGGGAUUCUGCGUGGAGAGGAGUUUUAAGGGCGUGUUGUAUACAGCGGGGGAUAGAGAUGUGCCAUGAAAGGCAGUGAUUUCCUUUUUUUUCUAAUCGCAUCUCGCCCUCGUGUCGUCGACACCACCACGCCGUGCAGUUCAGUAAAGUAUUGAAUAUCAGUUCUCCAUCAACACCAACGUCUGCUGUGACACUUGGUGUUUUCUCACCUUCUGAUUGGAUACUGUAAAUGCCAAAACAACCAAUGUUUUGUGGUUGACAAAUUCACUUAAAACUUUUUCUUGAUUAUUAAAUCAAAUCAGAUUUUUUUUUUUUUUCCACAUGUGCCAACUUUCUUUUUUUGGGGCGGGAAACACAGUUCUCAACCUACAAUGAUUGAAAAGUGUUUUUAUUAUUUUGUAUAUCAAAGGGAGUACAGGUAUCUUUUUUGUCAAAGUAUGAGAAAGAUUGUACAGACAUAAAAACUAGAUUUUUUUUUAAUUUAAUUUAAUUGUAACCAUUGUUUAAUAAACAUUGAUCCAAUUAAGAACUGUCAUUCGAAGUAGGAGAUUUUGAUGUGAUUACAAAAUGAUAGUCAUGUGGUAUUUCUUAUCUAAAACACUCAAAAAACUUUUUCUAAGAUGUAAUUUAUUUGGAAAACAAAACAUUUUGUCAUGAUGCCAUUGUAGAACGUAAUGAGCUACGGUGUUAGCAAUUGUAGAAGUUUCAUAUCAUCCAUCUAUGAACAAUUGAUGCAACCCAAAACUUAAGGUUUGUUGCCAUUCAAUAGAUCUAAUGGCUGGAAAGCAGUGGCUGAAAACAUGAAAGUUAAAAAUCCUUUUUUUCUUAACUCAUUUGUGCCCACAACUAAAUUUUUAAUUUCCUGGAAGUGGAGUCAAAAUCAGUCAAACAAUUUGGCUUAAAAAUUAGUUUUUCUUAUCAUACAAUAUCUAGUCUUUUGGCUCAUGACUGUUUUUGCAGUAGACUCCAUUAUAUUUUAGGAAAAAACAGUAGUCCAUUGUGCUCAAAUACUAGACUACUACAAGGAGCACAAUCAAGUAUGUGGUAUCUAUGAACUCAUAACACGUUGAAUAUCAAAGAUAUGCACACAUAUGCAGUUUAAAAGAAAUAUUUCAAAUGGAAAACAUUUAAUAAACACAAUGUUCAACAAUCCUGACUUUAACUAUUAAUAAAUGUCAAAGUUGUUCUGUUAGAUACUUGGUUAAAGUAUGUCCGUACCAAAUUACAAGAGUUUUGACCAAUCAGAACAAAUGUGGCAUUUCCCCUUAUCAUAAUAAAUAUAGUCGUUGGGCACUAAUGGGUUAAUAAAAACAGCUGUAGCACAGAUAACUUUACAUUAUAAGAGAAGCUUCUACAAUGACAACAUUCCUCAUCAUCCCUGUAAGUGAUUGUUGUACCCCCCCGAUCCCUCUUCAUUCCAUCUGUUAGGAUAAUAAAGAUGUAUGUGUUUAUAUAGAGAAUAGCAGGAGUGUUUCUGGUCAAAGAACCUGACUUGUUCCAUCAGUUUAGUGUGAAAAACAGGCCUCUAUGUGUUGAGGCCGAUCAUCCCAUUGUCUUUUAGCUUGUGACUAACCGAACCGGUGACUUGUGCUCAUGGUAAAUGUAAGAAUGAGGAGGCAGGGGUAUGAAUUUAUCAAAAAAACUGUAAAAGGUGCCAUUUUUGGUGGUGAUUGUUGGCGAACGCUUUAUUUAAAAGAGAAGUUUGCAAUCUAACUUGCAGUCACUGACUGUGCACUUUACCUCACGAGACAUUCUGCUCAGGCAGAGGAAGAGUUGUUUGAGAUGUUUGAAUACGACAUUGCCACUAACAGAGUGAACUAUUUGCAAAGUAUUUUCUUUUGGUAAAUAGUUGCAGCUGCCACCUAUCCAGUUCUUCCCUACUUUGUGAGUGCUUACUAUUGAUUUGUGGAAGACCAAUCGCGGCUGUACCAACAAACGACGCUCAUAACUGUUGACAAACGCUGUCCGGCCGUAAUGUGUAAGCUGCCAUAUCCCUGCCUGCCCUCCUAGUUGUCAUUGAGUAUGUUUUAUUGUCUUAAGAAACAUUUAUAUUUGUAACAUUUUAAGUUUAUUUGUACCCUUAAGAACAUGAAAAAAAAAAGAAAUGGUUAUGCACACUGUCCUUCCAUAGAAUAUGUAAUGGGAUAUGAUACUAAAUAAUAACCACUUUGUUAUAUAAACUGAUUUCUGAAAGAUA